GGCUGAACACUACACUAAUAUACAUUGGGCCUCAGAUAUUUUUUUACAUCCGGUUUGAAUACAUGAAAUAUGAAUGACGUCAGCUAUAGAAAACCAAAGAAAGCAUAGUGUACAAGAACUUCCAUGGCUUCCGAAGAGAGUUGAUAAGUUGAUGAAGGGGUUCUUUGUUGAAUCCAUUAACUAUACCACCAUACAAAAAUUAAGAGGAGAAUCAUAUCAAAAAUGGUCAGAACUAACAGCUUCAUCAGUAACAUGUGGAACAUUUAAUGAGAAACGCUGAAGAUAAUGGGAUUUAAAUUAUGACAGACAACAUCCAACAGACUACAGUAGAUUCUCUAUGUUAUGGUGGUAGCAAUGGACAACCAACUAAACUUCCGGUGACAUCUAGUCUACUCUCUGUUUGCUUACCAGGCCCAGUGGGAGCUGCUCGUCACAUGCAGAGCAGCACAUCAAAUAAGCCUUCAAAUAUCACUACAACUUCUAGUGCUCAUAAUGAUUUGUUACCACAGUCUGAAAGGGAUAAAUUUAGUUUGUCCAAAAUAUCUGAUUAUAACAAUUUUGUUUUUCAACUUAAUGCAAAAAUAACAAGUCUAGAAUCAGGGUCUGAUUUGUCUCAUCCUCUAAAUGACACGUGUCCUUUAGUCAAUGGAGUGAGGGAAGAGGGAAUGAGGGAAGAGAAAAAAAUACCUAUAUCACAUUGCUCAAGCUCAUCAGUUCUUAUACCUCAGAGUUUUGUUGAAGGUUUCUCUUUUACCUCAAUGGGUGAUGAAGCUAGGAAUCUUUCCAGUGUUAUCAAACCACCCAUUUUGGAAAGCAUGUCAUAUAAGCAUGCUGGCAUUGACAACAAAAGGGAAGAGGAAAGAAAGGAAAAUAUCCAAUUAUCCUAUAAGUACCAAAGAGAUUUUUCAGAUGAUGAAAAGUAUCUGAAAGCUGAAAAAGCUUAUGUAGUCUCAGAAAAUCCUUCUCACUAUGUUCUUGAGUCCACACCCAUCUACCAGAAUUUAGUUGAUUCUCUUUCGGGACCUUCAGAAGAUAGACAAGUGCAAAAAUUGCCCCCUGUUUCAACUAUAAUGCAGCCCCAUAUGGCUUAUCUCUCUAGAGUAAACUACAAACCAUUUUACAUUGAUCCAGAACAUGAAGCACCCAUCCACGAAACCAUAAAUGUUCCCUUGGGUUGUGAAUCCCCUUUUUUAUACUCUAAUCUUCAAGAGACAUUAUCGUUCCCAUCACAUAACUUACGAGAGCCACACAAAGCAGUAAUGAAGUCCAGUCCAGUAGGAAAUAAUUUUUUGGGUUUACCACCAAUUCCUACCUCAGAUUGUGAUGUAGAUAAGCUUGAGACAAUUCAUAUUGCCCAUCAUGGAGUGAGUACUGUAAUGACUAGUACUGCAGAAAAUAAUGAAAAUAUCUUGGUUUUACCAUCCACAAACCCUUUGCUAACUCCUCUGGACUUUGGGACAACAACAUACACUUCGGUAGUGUCAUCUACACCACCUCAGCCUUUCCAGAGUACUGGACCUCACCACUGUGAUCCACAUAACCAAAGUAGAUGUAUUCUUUCAUCUAGUGAUAACCUUUCUAAUGAAAAUGCCUUAAACACACUACAGUCUGUUGGAUCUAUCCAUUCUACUGCUAAUGAUGUUGGUGACACAUUACCUGCAUCAGUGUCAAUAACAGCCUCUGAAACAGUGUCUUCUGUGGGGGCCUUAGAGAUGCCUGAUCUCCAUUAUUCCAGAUCUGCUGCCAUUACUUCACCAUUUCCUGAGCUUUGUGCUAGAGAACCUAAGGAGAACCCAGAAAUUGAUCUGAAAAGCUCUGUAAAUGUUCCUGUCUUGACAAAAACAAAUCCAGUGUUGUCAUCUAUUAAAGAAGAACCCAUGGAAGUGGAAGUAUCUCCUCGUGGACCAUUUUCUGCUGUUUCUUCAGAAAAUUCCAUGCAGCAUGCAGUAGCUCAGCUGCCGAGCAUGAUGACCUUCUUCACAUCUAGACCUGGAAGUGAAUCGGACUCGCAGCUUCUGCCACCAUUUUACACCGUCUCUGGCUUCACUUCUUUAAAGAAACGCGACCAUCCUGAAGCUCUUGCAGACUCGUGUCCUACUAUAGGAAGAUCAUCACUAACAAAUGAAGCUUUAGACAAGAUAGGUAACUCAUCACACAUAUUUUCAUCAACUUCUGUGUCUACAAUUAGUCCUGGUUUGUCUGGAGCAUCUACAAACAUAGAUACAUCUUCUGUGCCACUAAACUCGGUUAAGUGUGAAGUUGAUGUCAGCACUUCUCAGACAGUGUCAACAACUUUGCCUGUUUCCAAGCCAACAGCUGUCUCAACGGAUAAAGUAAGACUGUCAGUUUCACCAGGUGUUGUUGAGAAUUCCUCUCAAAAUGAUAGUAGUCUUAGUGAAAAGUACUGUUCUUUGUGCCAGUCUGGUAAGUCUUGUGAGCUACAUAUCCGUCAGUCUUUGGUUACUAGCACUUCUCUCUCGGAACCAUCCGUUAUUCCAGCAAGCUCUUCAAAACCCUUUCGUUGUAACCUUUGUGGUAAACAUCUUGCCACAAAGAAUGUAUACCAGAGCCACAUGCGGUCUCACUCCGGCGAGAAGCCGUUCACGUGCGAGCUGUGCGGCCACUGUUUCUCACAGAAGACAUCCCUCACCAGACACAUGAGAUCUCAUACUGGUGAACGCCCAUUUCCUUGUGAUAUUUGUGGCAAGUGUUUUGCUGACAAAGAGCGUAUCAAGAUCCACAUGCGCACUCACACUGGGGAGAAACCAUUUUCAUGUACUGUGUGUGGCAAGUGUUUCUCUCAGAAGUCAACCGUGAAGAGACACAUGAGUGUCCACACCGGUGAGAAGCCAUUUGUAUGCCAGUCUUGUGGAAAAGGCUUUGCUAAUAAAGGCAACUUAAAUGCCCACAGCAAAACCCACAGCAGCACAUAAACGUUGCAGUAAAACCAUUCGGGUUAAACGAGCGUUAUAGAAUUGUAUAUUCUUCAAGACAGCUUUACGUGUAAUUAAAUGACAAUAUCGGGCUUGGAGCUGUGAUACAGCAAGUCUGUCCCCAGAGGCCUGUAGAGACAUGCCUUAUCCGUAGAUUACUCUUAUCCUUACUACUUGUGAGAAAAGGAGUGAACAAACUGUGAUGAGUUAUCUUAAAGAAACAUUUAUAAAAAGAAAAUAUACUGUAGUUACUAAACUUGUGACAUGAAAAAAAAAAUGAAGUUUGCUGUUUUUGUUAUUUUAUAAAAUCCUAUUUUAAUGCACAAAUACAAAUCUCUAGUGACAUGAGACCAAGAGUGGUGAUAUAGAUAUAAAGAUAGCCCUAAAGUGCACUUAACACUUAGACCCUUGUAAGGCUAGACACCACAUGAACCUGUCACAAACGUGUCAACAAGAAAUUUUCUCUCUGAAAAUACUUGUGUAUUUCUGUCAGGAUGUUGCCAAGCAAUUAAAAAAGCUGAUAUAGAAAUAACUGAAUUUUUCAGUAAACUCAAUUAAUUUUGUGGUAGUUUCAUGUGGUUGUCUUUUGCCAUUUUGUUUUGAACUGAUGUACAAAAUCCAGUAAUUUGCUUUACACAGGCAGGUUUGUUAUAAUUCUGUAAAUGUACUAUUUAAAUGAACUGUCUACACACCAAUGACAUUACAACUGAAUGCAGUUUACAAUGACAGGAAGUGGUGAGUGAAGUAAUAAACAGUUGGACUUGUCCAAGAUGAGUUUUUAAUGACAGUGAUAUAUGCCUUGUUAUUUAUACUGGAUAGUCUAUAUAUAUUUGAAUUUGCUAUGAAGUAAGAAAUGCAUUCUUUAUAAACCUGCAGUUUGGUGAUUGUUGAUUCUUCGCAGUUUUUAUGUUGUUGACGUAAAAUAUAAGAAUAAUUAAUGAAUCAUGGAUACAGACAGAAAGCUUGAACAGUGUAUGUAGAUCAUUUAUAUAAUCAGGGUAAAAUUUUGCCUGUCGUAAUAUAUAUAUAUUCUUUCUCUAGUCUAAUCCUUUGAAAAGAAACACUGAUAUAGGUAACGGAUUGUAAUUUUAGUUCACUAUUAGUCGUGUGCAAAUGUUGAGCACUUGUUUAAUUUUAUGUAAAUGAAAUGCUGUGGUUUUAUUGUUGGUUUAUAAACACUAAUAGUUGUUAGUUCUGUGUGAUCAAUUAUAGAUUUAUAGAUAUACAUAUCUACGGAGGUGAAACUUUAAUGUUUGUGUUCAAAGAUAGCAGUGUUUAAAAUGUAAUUGGUAGAGGUUCUGUACCUGAACGUAAACCAAAUACGUGUACAUAUAUAUAAAUAGAAAUAUAUGUAAGUUUGGGAAAGCUGUAAUUUUGCAUCUUGGGCUCAAGGUGAGAAGAAGAAGAAGAAACGUUUGGAGUAGAAUAUUCUCUGAAAACCUUUUAGUCAAAAAAAUAUCUUGUUGAACAUACGUGUAGUACCAAAACUUUAACAAAUUUUAUUUAGUUAAUGUUGUGUGCAAAUCUUUUCGUUCUUCUCGCUUCGAGUAAACUUAGUGCCGAUAAUCAGUUUUUAUUGCACUUCAACUGAACUUGUGAAACAUUGGCUCGCUAUUGAAACGUAAGAUGUUGUAUAGAUUAUUGUAAUUUAAGAAAUCAAAAUUUCUAUGUCAUUAUUAAUAUAUUUUUUUUUAUGUUGUAAGUAAUAUCUUCCUACUGUUUUUUUUUUUUUGGUUUUAAGUUAAGUAUUAAAAGUGGACGUUUUGAACUGGUCAUUGGCUUUAUAAUUAAAGAACUGUAUUAUAUCUAGUUUUUACUUAUUUCACAAAGUUUAUUGAUUAAGCCUGUUUAUAUUUACUUGUUAUAUUAAGUGCUACGAGUAAUAAACUGAAAACUGUGCAGCAAAGCAAGUUAAGGGUUUUAUACUCCAAUAUGAAAAAUCUUUAAAAAAGUUACCUUAAGUAACAUUCUACUUAUAAGUUUAUUUGAAAACAAGGUAUACUGUGUUGUGUCUUUGGUGUUUUGUCCCCCCCCCUAAACCUUAAUGAAGCAACGUGUAUAAAAUCAAAUAAUUAAACCGGCUAGAAUUUUUAUAAGACUUUAAUUUUUAUUAGUGUUUACUAGAAUUCUAAUACGUUCAUAUAGAGUACAAAUAGUUUGUAUACUGUUCCUAAUGGCAUAUUAAAUGAUAAAAUAUGCACCUUUUCAUAUUAGCAGGAGUGUUUAUGUAAGAACGAGUAACCCUAACAUGUCGGUCUCUCUCUAUAUAUAUAUAUUUUAUUUAAUGCCUUUUAAUAAAACAAUUUAUGAGAACUCGGCUUUUGCUAGUAAGUAGUAAUCACAAUCAGUUAGAAGCCAUCAUAAAAUAACAUGAGCAAAACUUAGUUGAGUAGUUUGUGGAAGGUUUUACGAGACUAAAGAAACUGAAAGUUAUCACCAGAAAAGCCUUUUUUGCAUGUAGUUUAUUUUACUAAAAAAAACAUAGUUACUGAAUGAUUUAUAACUGCUUUAAGCAAGGGUUAGAGUUUAGUAAUGAAAAUGAAAUAAUCUGAAGAAGGUUUAUAAUUUGUAAGUUACCUAAAACUUAAUCUGAGCAUAGCUUUUAAAAGACCACUUAAAUCAGUAUAACGAUUAGUUUGAUAAUAAAAUCAGGACUCAAUAUUUAUACACACAUUAAAAGUGAAAAGGAAUAUAGAAUAUUUUUAUGAUUUUUUAGUUAUAAUAAAUUGAUAAAUUAUGCUUCUCUCUCUCUCUCUAAUAGGGCUUUCAAUUAAAUAAACAAAGCUUAUAGUAAAGAAACUUUUUUUUUAAUUUACUAUUUUAAUUUGAAAAGCAGUCCUAUAAAGAUUCGCCUUUUGUGUAAAAAUGUUAUUUUGAAUUUGGUUAAAUUUAUUUUAUUUUGGGAUUUAAUCAUUACAAUUUACUGGUAACGUAAACCUAAACAUCCCUUUUCACCUGGUGGCAAAACAAAAAAGUAAACUUUAAUAAUUGUGUAAGGAUAUUGCACAUGGCUGUUCCUUCAAAUCCCAAAAUAUGUUUUGUUCCCAACAUUAUGCCCAGUCAUUCUCUGUUUAUAGUGUUUAGUGAGGAUCCUACUGAUCUGAAAAAUUAAUUCAAAGAUACAGCAACAUACGGACUAGGCAGGUUUUGAUCUUAUUAAUUACAACAUUUUGAACCAUAGUAUCGGGUCAUCUUUAAGUAAGAGUUGCAUUAAUAAAAAGACAGGUGGAAUUCAAUUUUCCUUUUGAAUGAACUCUUACAUAACAGCGUGUCGAUACUAUGUGUCGAAACAUUGUACUUAUUAAAAAUCAAACCUUGCCUAUGGUAAAAGUUGCUGUUAUUGUAUUUUUGAAUUAAUUAGUCUUUUUUUUUUUUGCAUAUUAAUCUUUUAAGAACUGUAUAUUUUACUAGACUGUACUUGGAAGGAUUUUUGUUGGAUACAGGUUAACAGUUUAAAUUUAGUAGAGAGCAAAAAAAUAGUUUUGUGCACUGAGUUGUAUGCAUACUUACCAGUAAAAUAUGCAGGCACAUUUUGAGGCAAACUGAGCUUUAAUUUUUAAACUAGACAAAAUAUAAGCAAAGACACUGCUGUGGACCUUUAUUGAAACGGAUCAGGUUAUUGUACAUAUUUUAAAAAAACUAUCAUCUCUUGAACAUACCUGAAGCAAGUUGUAAAAAACAUUUGAAAGUGUUCUUGAUAGUCAUUCACAGAAGAACAAAAUAGCUAUGUUUGUCUGUUUUUAGUAAACUUUUAUUUUGUCCACUUUCUGUGCACUUCUCCAGUUUAUACGUACAUUUUGUGAUACUCAUUACAAAAUCCAUUUCUUUACAAGAAAUUUUAAGUGUAGCAUUGUUUUGUAUUCGUAUUGUACUUUUUAUUUGGAAAGGUUGUUUCUAAUAUUGUUAUGGUAACUUAAACAUGAAAUGCGAGUUUUGAUAUUGGAAGACGAUAAACGUAAAACGGGUAGAGAUUUUGUGUGUGAGGGGGGAUGACUUGUAUGUUUAUGAUAAUAUGUGAUUGAAUAUGGUAUGGAAGUCUCUUAUCACCUGUGAUAGCUUGUAACAGAAUGCAGAUGUAUAGUUUAGGUGAAUGAUAACUUAAGACGAUGAUAUUUGUUUCAGCGUGUGGUUGUACUACAUCUCUGUAUAUAUAUGAAAAAAAAAAAAUCCUUAAAACAAAUAAGCAUUGUUGUAUUUUAUACAGUUUGUUUUCAG